AUGGAGGAAGACAAUGAUGACGAACGGGUCAAUACCGCUGGGGCAAACCCGCACGAUGAGGCCAUGGACGACAACACUCUACCGUUGACUUCUCCUAAACUUACGGCAACACAAGACUCAGCAGGUACAGGGACCUUUACGGAGCCCUCGGAAACAACUCCUUCUCGAGUUCGGCGCCCCCCAACACUGGCCAAACGGAUCUCAAACCUCAUUCAGGUGAACAUGGAAGGGAUACCAGGCAAGUGUCACAUCUUCAAGACUACUUUCUCCGUGGACUAUCAAGGGUUGGAUUCAGGAACUGUGGCGGAGGCGCUCUUGUCGACAGUUCUGAUGUCUAUGGAGGAAGCCAUCAACAAUUCCCCUAAUGAAUUGAAGCUUCUUCCGAUCUCUGAUACCACAUAUAAGCAACCGAAUCUUUGGAUUCGAAACUCAGUAGAUUUACGCAAUCGCAUUUUGACUUAUCGCGCUCUGUCUACUUACUGUGAUAUGGAAUAUGGUAACUGUCCCUACGCGGCAGCCAACAGCAAGCCGGGCGAGAAGAAACUACGCACACCCAUUCGCGUCAGCUUCUCGGCUGAGGCCUCGGUCGAGGCCGUCCAAGACUAUCUUCAUACCGGAUUACGUCAAUUGGGGAGAGGCGCUGGGUGCUACCCUUCUCCCUUGCAGUAUGGAGAAAUUGUGAAGAUCGGAUCAUGCUCGUUUAUUCCUGCAGAAGUCAACUUCUCAGCUUAUGCAAAGGAACUGAUGAGACUAUUUGAUUUCGAAGUACCGAUUGGUAUCAAGAUGGACUGGGUUUCUGUUCCGUACACAGGCCGAGCAAAGUACGACGAACGAUCCCCCGGAGUGACUAGUCCACAUUGUUUCACUUGGAGGAUUCAUGCCAAGAGAGUUGAUCGCACUUUGAGGUCAAUUCUCCACCCAGCAACUGCAAAACCUGACUUUCCAUUCGCAGCACCGGCCACCUACAUCAGUGAUUGGAAAUUGGCUCAACAAGGUUUGCUGAGUGUUAAGGCCUACGGUCCGGUGAAGGAUGCGAUCCUUACCUUGAUCAGCAAGUUACGGGAUUACUACAUUUUGACGGAAGUUCUUUAUCCAGGCAUUGACUUCACGGGGAUGUUCAAGUUUGCGACUACAAGGUUGUACGGUUCUUGCACCCUAUUCAAACUGCUCUUGUCCAUCAAGGCCAUUCCGGCCCAGGCUGAUCAGGCUUCCACAGCUGCCAAAGACAGACCCCCAACACCUGCCAAUGACGACUCAUCUGAAGAGGAGGACGAUGAAUCCCAGGAGGGAGCGGGUUCCCUGUCCGGACCAUUCACAAAGGUGACAAAGAAGAAGAUGAGGAAGAAGAAGAGGAAGUCGCUCAUUUCCGAUAACCUAGAGAAUCAUUUUCUCAAAGAUCUAUCCCCGGCACAACGCAAGCUGGCUGAAGCUACCGACCGCAAACUGAAGAACGAUAUUGAUCGCCAUAAGGCGGGACCACUCUUCCUGAUGAUCCUUCCUGGAGAAAUGGAAGGCUCUUACAUCUUUGUAUGCCGCAAGAAGUACGGUCAGUUAGCUCGAAACGUGUUGAGAGGGAUAGUUCCGUUCUUGAUUCAUCACCUGUGCGAACUUACCAAUACGCAAGCUGAUCGAGUCUUGGGUAAAUGGAUUCCCAAAUCAGAGAUCCAGGCGACGCGUCGUAAGUGUUUGGUAUGGUGCACCAACACACUACACGCUAUUGAGGCCUCCAAUCAGUCGACCAAGGUGGAGGAAGCUCUGGAGUUUCUGGACGAUGUGAUCAAAGACACCACCAAUGUCUACCAAGGUCAACUCUUGAUCGGUAUGGAUAUGGCGAGUGCCAAGGAUAUUGACGAUGGUCAAACGGUCACGGGGAUGCUGGAUGAAAUGCACGAACGUGAACAACAAUUGGAGGAUGCCUUUGUGGAAAUUGAAGCCCGUGACAACGCCUUGGCGGCUAAAGACCAGGCCAUGGCUCAGCAGAAAGCCGCGACUGCGGCUCUUCAAGCCCAACUUGACGCCCUUCAACGUCAGACAGCCCACCACUUGGCCAUCAAUUCGCAACCACCUGCUCAAAAUAAUGAGGUAUCUCCAGAUCGGUCCGAUUUCACUACGCCACCAAAAAAGAGGAAAAGCAAGGAUACUUCCACGACUAAGAGGAGAGUUGAUAGGUCUAAGGCUGGUCUUAAGCCGCCCACUAAGUCAACUCAUACCAGCACGUCUGUUCACUUUCAGCAGCCGAAGCAGCGCUCUCGGAACCCGUCUCAGGUCCAGGUGGAAACAACUCAGAUGGAAGGUGAUACUACGACAGCUGUGUCCCAGGACGAAAGCCUCUCAUCUCUGACAGCGGCAUCUCCGGGAGGUGUACACCCGUUCUUUCUCUCUUCUCCAUCUGGCAAAUCUGGUACUAGCGGAUCUGCUAAGUUGCCUUCUUCGGCCAGCCGCGGAGCGCCUCGCUCCGCGGCAGGGCCAUGA